GAUCGUCGUCCAGGCCAUCCACUCCCAGCCCGAUCCUCCGCAAAUCAGCAGUCAGCGGCUGCAGACAGCAACUCCCGUCUCGUCGAGUCUCGCGCCCCAGGUAAUCCCGGAAGAUACGCACGUUGAGCUUCUUGUCAUGUCCCAGUGGAAGAUGGCACCGACGAAGGCAACGUUCACCGCGAUCCUGUUGGCCGUGGCGACGAUCAGUGCGGCGACAGCUCUGGAAGAGAUACCCAAGUUUCUGCAAAUCUGCGACGCCAGUAUGGAAACAGAGAAAUUCGAGCAAUGCGCGAUCGAAAGUAUCUCGAAACUCCAGCCGUAUCUGCAGACGGGCGUAGAGAAGUACAACAUCCCGUCAUUGGAACCGCUCAAACUUAAGCGGCUGAAGUUUAAUCCAGCGACCGGGCUGCGUAUGCAAGCAAAGAAUCUCAACAUAUACCAAGCCAGCAAUUUCAAGAUCAAUAAAUUGAAGUUCAACUUAGACAACUUGCAUCUCCAACUGGACGUCUUUCUGCCGAAUAUCCUCAUUGAGGCUCAAUAUGACAUAAACGGCAAAAUAUUGCUGCUGCCGGUUUAUGGUUCCGGCAAUUUGCACGUCAACGCCAGCAACUGCAUAGGUGCCUGCACAAUCCAAGGUAAGAGGUACACGGACUCAGAAGGAGUGGAGAAGGUACAUAUCAGCGAAUUCGGAAUGAAGAUCACCGUGGGCAAAGCUACGUUCAAGAUAGACAACCUGUUCAACGGCGACAAAGUGCUCGGCGACAUCAUCAAUUCAGCCAUCAACAACAACUUGGACCUCUUCCUGAUUGAGCUGCUGCCACUCUUGGAGGACGUACUGUCCAACGCGUUCAAUCAUACGGCCAACAAAAUCGUUGAACAUUUCUCGUUCGCGCAACUCUUUCCAAACUACCCAGAGAACCGAACAGGAUCGGGCAGACUGCGACAGUGACGACAAACGCGAUCGACACAGAUUAGAAUCAAUUCUGUCCGUAAUGGGUGAUCAGAGAACGAUAAGUAUCAGGAAAACUCAUCGCUACUCACGACUACACAGAACAUUUUCCUCUCAUCGCACACACAUGCGCGUAAACCUGGAUCGUUCAUCACGACCGGCCGGAUAUGUCGAGAUUCUGUCACAGACUCAUGGAAAAACAAUUUCCUGCGAAGGGACUGCGAACAGAUCGGUCGCCGAGACGAUCACGAGACGAUCACGUGUGUCUCUCGUGUUUCUCGGAGACCUUGGAUUGUCGAUUAGCGGAAAAUGUCGGCGAUCGUACGAGCCAAGUUUUAGGAGCCAUCGAUAUUGGCCAGAAAUCUUUCUCACAUUCAUUUUCGUUACGCGUUGUGCUAUCUCACAGAGAGCGGCGCAGAUUAGCCGCGAGCGUUCGCGAGGAUUUGGGCGUUAGCAUUUAAACACUAACCUGAGGCUUUCUUAGAUUAUUUCACUCCGGUCGGACGGAGGAGAGGAGUGCGAGGAAACUUGGUGAAUUUAGCGACAAAUUUCCGGGGAUACAUCUUGUAGAGCUGACCUACGCUCAUAGAGCGAUAGAGCGCUCAAUGAUCCUCCUGAUCCGCGUGUGAUUAUCCUGUCGGUCGUAGCUCCGAGAUGCGGAUAGUAUUUCUCGUUGUGUCACCUGUUUAGGAUCCGGGGAUCGGAUUUGACGAAGGAUUCUCGUUCGACGAGACUCCUAGGUAAUCCGAUGAUGCCGUCGCAGGCACGACAAGAGCGAUGUUUCGUAAUAUUUUUCGAACGAUCCGACCUCUUCGCUGCGAUUCCGAUUCCUCGAUUAUCGACGCGAGCGAAGGAACUACCGUCCCGACCGAUGUAGAGUCGGUGUCGGAACAAGGAUAACAUGGACUCAUAUCGACCCACAGUCAAGCACACCGCGAUUCUUCACGCAAGUUUCACUUGUCUAUUAGUCGCGCUGGCAGGUGAGCAAGGUAUCGAGAGACCAAGUACGUAGAACCUUUUUCAGGGGCAAGUACAAUUUAUCGUGACGCAGUGUCAUUGAGAGCGCGCGCAGGUCCUGGCGAGCUACCAAUGUCUUAUGAAUUAUUAAAUAAAGCUGUUAGUUGUAAUAUUUGUUAAACAA